CCGUGUAGUCUCCCGUCCCGUCGCCGUCGAGGCCCAGCCAGCCGCCGCCUCACCGCCGCGGGGCCGGGGCCGCCUCCCCGCGGCCGGGCGAUGGUGCCGGCGCCCGUGGGAGCCCUGCUCGCUGCCCUCCUCGCCGCCGGGCUGGCCGCCGCGGGCAGCUCAAGAGCCCGUGAGCAGCUGGUGACUGUGAGCCAGCCUGGCAUGUGUCGCUACGGUUCUAGGUUGGAUUGCUGUUAUGGCUGGAAAAAGAACAACAGAGGCCACUGUGAAGCUAUCUGUCGACAUGGCUGCAAGUAUGGCGAGUGCACAGGACCAAACAAAUGCAAAUGUUUCCCUGGAUUUACAGGAAAAACCUGUAGUCAAGAUCUGAACGAAUGUGGACUGAAACCACGUCCCUGUGAACACAGAUGUAUGAAUACACACGGCAGCUACAAGUGCUAUUGUCUCAACGGGUACAUGCUUAUAGAUGGCACAUGUACAAGUUCUAGGUCAUGUGCCAUGGCGAAUUGCCAGUAUGGAUGUGAAGAAGUCAAAGGGGAGAUACAGUGUCUUUGUCCAUCAGGUGGCCUUCAGUUGGGACCAAACAGAAGGAUGUGCAUUGACAUUGAUGAAUGCUCUACUGGCCAAGCUGUCUGCUCUUACAACCGCAGAUGUGUCAACACAUUUGGAAGCUACUACUGCAAGUGCCAGCUUGGAUAUGAACUGAAAUACGUUAGCAGCCAUUAUGACUGUGUAGAUGUCAAUGAAUGUGUGACAAAUACACACAGGUGUAACCUCCAUGCAGAGUGCCUCAACACCGAAGGGUCCUUCAAAUGCAAAUGUAAACAGGGCUACCGAGGAAAUGGAUUUGAUUGUGCUGUCAUCCCUGAAAAGUCAGUGAAGGAAAUUCCAAGGAUCCCUGGAACAGCUAAGGACACAAUUAAGAAACUUCUUGCACAUAAAAACACUGUGAAAAAAUAUGAAACCAUCAAGAAUGCGAUCCCAGAAGUGGCUGUGACACCAGCUUCUGAGACCCACUUGCAGUUAUUGGACUACGAAGGUGGUUUUGUCCUUGGUGGGAGCUACGCUGAGGAAAAGAAAGAAGAGGAGGCAGAAGAGUCAGAUGAAGAGGAGAUGGAAGAUUUUGAGAACCAGAUUGACCAUGAGCAAAGCCUUAGAGGAGAUGUCUUUUUUCCCAAGGUGAAAGAAGCAGCUGCCUUUGUCCCUCUCCUGGCACAAAGGGAAAUUCCGGUGUCAAGACCAGAGCAAGAAGUGCCAUUUUUUUCAGUUGAUUGCAGCUUCAGUCGAGGGGUCUGUGACUGGAAACAAGACGCUGAUGAUGACUUUGAUUGGAAUCCUGCUGAUCGAGACAGAGGCGAUGGGUACUACAUGGCAGUUCCAGGUUUUGUGGGACACAAGAAUGAUAUGGGGCGUCUUAAACUUCUCCUCAGCGACCUCAAACCAAAGAGCAGCUACUGCUUGAUUUUCAGUUAUCGGCUGGCUGGUGAGAGAGUGGGAAAACUUCGAGUGUUCCUGGCAGACAAAAAACCUGCUCCUGUCUGGGAGCAGAACAAAGGAAAAGAUGAAAGGUGGAGAACGGGGAAAAUAGAGAUAUUUCAGGGGACUGAAACAACCAACAGUGUCACCUUUGAAUCAGAACGUGGAAAGGGCAAAACUGGAGAAAUUGGAGUGGACAAUGUGAUACUAAUUUCUGGUCUAUGCCCAGAAGAUACCUGAUAAUGGAUAUUUGAGUAUAUUGGAUUUAAUCCUAUUUUUAACAUUUGCCUUACUGGUACUGUAUUUUUGUAUCAUUUUCUUUAUUAAAAAACAAAACCAAACCAAACAAACAAAUAAAACAUAAAAACUAUGCCUUGAACUUCAUGCAGCAAUGCAAACAGAAAAACUGACAUGUGCAAGAUGCAGACUACACUUUUUAAAUUACUUAUUCUAAUAUAUUCCUUGAUUAUAUCACUACUCUAUUUUAUAAUUCAAAGUCAGGUUUCUAAAGCAUUAUUUGUCUAGCUUUUUUACAAAUUCUACACGCUUUUAUUCCUUAAAGUUCUUUUCAAGGCUAUUCUUAAGUCUUCUAGUUCAUUUCUUUUACUGCACAAGAACAUAAAAACAGUAUUUAAGAGGAUGUUACUACUUCUGGUGAUGUAAUCUUAACUUCUGACUAAGUGUGUAGAUAUUCAAUCAAUUCAGCAAGUAAGAAGAAAGGAGCUUUAUUUCUUUCUUGAUGGAGCUAAGCAAGUCGUGAGUUAUGUCUUUGAGGAAUAUUUUCAUUUGUAAUAAAGUAUGUAAAAUAC